AUGGAGGAUGAAAAGGAGACUAAUAGUUCCACAGUAAAUGCUGCUGCUAAGCAACACAAUCGCGUUGUUUAUUCCUCCCAGGCUAUACACCAUGUCGCCCAACAAAUUGCGAGUCUAUACUGGUCUUUGGUUAGCCAAGAUGCACGCAGUCGAGAUGCCUUUGCCCGUGGUAUAGAAAAGACUACCGAUUUGUCAAGGCAGAUGAUCAUCACAAAGUUGCCUGUCGAUUUGGAGAGCCCGGAGGCAAGUGAGGAGGAGCAUUUGCACAGUUACCGGCAGCUCCGUGAGCGGCUCGCGAGCCUUGACAGUCAACGGCAACAACGACAAAGACGCCUUGACCAGUUACAGCAUCUGCAGCGUCUAAUUGAGCCCUUUGAAGAUCCGCAGAAGGACGUUCAACCAAAUCUUAUCACCAAGGACGGAGAGCUUGUUCAGGAAUUGGACAAAAUGCGCAUGCUGGUGGCAAGAGUUGGAGGCAGGAUUGCACAACAGAAAAGAAGCAGCGGUGUCCCUGAAAACAGGAGUUACUCGCUCCCAGGCUCUGAUCGGAGAUUAGAGGAGUUGUUGGAUAUGCCUUUAUGA